AUGAUCUCCCACGCCAUCGACGGCACCGAGAACAACUUCUACGCCGUGCCCUUCGGCCUGACGCGGGAUGACGAUCCCAUCACCUAUGACGUGUUGCGGGGUGCGCCGGGGGUCACUUCCCCCGACGAGACGCUGGAAAACGUGCCGGUUCACGUGGACAGCCAGGAACCCAACUACCUGGAAAACCCGGUCCGCAACAUGCGGAUGAUCCUGUCGCGGCGCGGCCUUUUGCAGCGCAAGGGCGCGGCGGGAAUCAUUUCGAAGAUCACCGGUGGCCGGUUGAACGAUUCCGUGCACGUGCCCAUGGAAAACACGGACCGGGUGUUCUGGCAGGAGGUGAUGCGGCAGAACACCGUGAUACCGCCGCUGCGCGGCUGA